AUGCCCCCGACGCCCGCGACGGCCCCGUCGCCACGUAACGCCGACGCCCCCAAGUUGCAACCGACGCCAUCUGCCACCAACGCCACCGCGCCGUCGUCCCCCAGGGCCGGCCCUGAUCCCAUGGCACGAGGAAUCACAAAGACCUUAUCAGAUCAUACAAAAUUUACUUGGCCGGUCGGAAACCUUGCCCUCCUACAGUACUUGUUUUGGGAGAAAGUGCAGCCACUGGAUGAUGACGCAUUUGAUCCACUGGCUCAUGAAUAUCUGUUGAUGCUUAAUUGGUCAGAAGAUGAGGCUAAGAAGCGUGACACGUACGACACGUCAUACGGCCGUGGUAAUGGGACGUACAGGCAGACAUUAAUUGCUCAACAAGGAAGAAAGGCGGAGGAAGAAUUAGAGCAAGAAGAUCGUGCCCAGAAAAAGAAAGAUAAUAGAGAUGAGGCGUCAUCGAGCAGGGAUACUACAUUACAUCAAGUGAUGAAAUGCAUCAAAGAUAUGCAAAAAGAAAUUAAACUUCUCCCUGGAAAAUGUGCUGAGAUAGUAGUGGAGAAGCUGGAGAAGAAAGGUCUUGUCUUCAAGCCAAACAAGGGGUCUGAUGAUGACAUUGAGUUUGUGGAGCAUAGUGAAGACUGGGUGGGGAAGUAUGGUCCAUCAAAAUAUUGGCCAGAUGUAGAAUCAACUCCUGGAAAAGAAGAUAUGGACAACAAGGUGGACGCAUCCUUCACCACUGGGAACGGGAACAAAUUGGCGCGUGAGAAAGGUGUGCAUCACAACACACCUGGUACAGGAGAUGAAGCCGACCCCUUCGUUAUUGAAGACAAUGGUAAUUCACCCAACCCAUCUCUUGCGACGGUAGACACGAAGGACUUUCCAACUAUUAAUUCAACCCCCAAGAAUAUUAAUGAAGUGUCAGACGGGUCUAGCGCCGAUAAAUCUGAGGAGAUUAGUAUGGAUAGUCUGAACACCCGUAUUAAAAAUGCGAAAGAAAAUGGCACUCAGGAGAAUGAUGGGAAGGAAAAUGAUGGGAAGGAGAAUGAUGGGAAACGCAAAAGGAAACAGUCAAAAUACUGUCUUUCACCUUACCAGCAGAACGGUGGACGUAAACGUGCAAAGAAAAGUCUAUUUGGUAUAAGAGCUGCUAUGAUUAGUACUGAUUACAUUAAUGAGGAUCACAUAGAGGCCGCGAAGGUUUAUAUCCGGACACUGGCAGAGUCGGAGAAGCUUUGUAGAAAAACUGUUGUGCACAUGACGGGAAUUGGUGGGGAAACAUGUACACCUGAUAUGCUUCAAGCCAUAAUUUCAAAAAAGUGGUUGCAUGGCGGUGUCAUCAAUAGUUAUUGCAACCAUAUGCAGACCCAUAAUCCUCGUGCUGACCGUCACAUAUUAUCAUCUUGGGUGUCCCACUGGCUUAUUCUUCGUGCUGAUGGAAAGGUUAACAACUCUAAGAGGCAUUUUAUGGAUCAUUUCACAAACCAAACUAAAAUGGUGUCUAGAGUUACUGAAGAGUAUUUCAUCAAAGAUAAGGCAUACUUUCCGUUUCAUGUGGAAGAAAAUCAUUGGAUAACAGUUCUUAUGCACAACAAGAAAAAAGAGUUUCAAGUUUUAAACUCUACUGGUAAAUGCAGCAAAAGAGUUCUUGCAAAGAUUGCUAAGCUGAAAUAG